AUUAUUAUUUCUUUGUUUAGAAGUUGAGCUGAAGGAUGGCGGGAGUGCCCAAGGUGCGUCUGAGGGGGGGACUGGAGAUCACUCGGGUCCUGAACGGCAUGUGGCAGGUGUCAGGGGCACAUGGACCAAUCGACCCACACAGGGCAGUAACUGAGAUGCUGAGUUACGUAGAUGCCGGUUUAACAACAUUUGACAUGGCAGACCACUAUGGACCUGCCGAAGAUUUCUACGGUACUUUUCUCAAAAAGCUGAAAGCUGAGAGGGGUGCGGAAGCUCUCGGCAAAGUGCAGGGUCUGACCAAGUGGGUGCCUCGGCCUGGGCCCAUGACCAGGAAGGUGGUUGAAGAAAACAUUGACCGGUCCAUUAGGAGAAUGGGGGUGGACAGGUUGGACAGUUUACAGUUCCACUGGUGGGACUAUAGUGACAAGCGGUACCUGGAUGCCCUUGGCCACAUGGCUGACCUACAGGCGGAGGGCAAGAUUGGUGAGCUAGCCUUGACCAAUUUUGACACAGUUCGACUGGAGGAAAUCGUGAACAAAGGCAUACCUAUCUCUUCUAAUCAGGUACAGUAUUCCCUCAUCGACAGGCGACCAGGACAGAAGAUGGCAGAGUUCUGCACAGCACAUGGAAUAAAGCUGCUCACAUAUGGAACUUUGGGUGGUGGUCUGCUUACUGAGAAAUUUCUUGGAGCAAAGGAACCAACGUCUAGGCGCGACCUUCCCACCGCGUCCUUGGGGAAGUACAAGAACAUGGUGGAUGCCUGGGGGGGGUGGAACCUCCUUCAAGAGUUGCUCAAGGUGCUAAAGACCAUAGCAGAUGAACACGGAGUCAGUGUUGCCAAUGUGGCCACGAAGUACAUCUUGGACCAACCAGCAGUUGGAGGUGUGAUUGUAGGAUGCAGACUGGGAGUGCCGGGGGCAGAACACAUCCAGGACAACCUUCAAACUUUCACCCUUGACCUCACGCAGCAGGACAUGGACAGGAUUCACACAGUGGUCAGCAGGGGCAGAGACCUUAUGACUGUUAUAGGGGAUUGUGGGGAUGAGUACAGGUAAUAGCUGUGAGUUACGCUGUGUAAGGUUGAGCUGGUUAGGUUAUGUUACAGUACUGUCAUGCAUUUGCUAACAUCAGGUCACAUAAUUCUACAAGUUACAAUAAAAUGGCAACGUUAAAAAGGCCUGCCAAAGAUGUGCAGCCCUAAAUAGCAGUGUGAAGUUUGCUUGUUGAUCUUCAAACUCAUUAAAUAGACAAUUAAUACCUUUAAUGGGUGCAAUGAAAGACAAACUGUUGAAUGUAAAAGCAAAUUUCUAAUCAGAAGACAGGAUCUUGCCAGAUUUGUAACAUCGGUACUCUUUGUUGUAUUUUCAAUGGCACUACACGAGAAAAAGAAAAUCCAUUUAAUGAGUUUGCUGGAUUGUGAUACUAGUAAGUUGUGUAAAAAUGCCUUUUGACUUCUCAGUACAGCUAUUCACAGCCGUCAAACAAUUAAGAAGCCUUAAUCGUAAGC